CGCGGCAAAAAGAGGGGAAAACUGGCAUGUAGCUGAACCGCAUCGAUGAUGCGAGGACCUACCUACCUAGCAGAGGAGACCGAUUAGGCUGAGUCGACCAGUUUGAGUUUGGCGGCGAUCCUGUCGAGAGGGACAACUACGAACAGCACACGUGUGCGAGUUGAGUGGAAAACGACAUUCGGUUUGGGGUUGGAACGGAAAGCCAUCGUAGCAGGCGGUGUGUGGCUUGUGAGUUAUCGAUUUUUUGCUGAGCCUCAUCGUAGCAACCCACUUGCGGCUCAGCCACCCUUCCCGUUGUUGCCUUGGCCGUCUUUGAUGGUGUAGUGCAGUAGUAGUGCGUUUGUUCGAAUUAGUGGAUUAAUCAACUUCCUAAUCAAUUUGAAAGGAGUAAAUAAGCAUGGGUCUUCGGAGACGGACAGUCGAUUCCACGGAAACGGUGCAUCGGGAGCCACAGGCUCAUCGGGAAACAUGGGUUUCCACGAAUAAGCUGCUCAACAGCAGCCUUUGUGCAAAGCGCAUGAAUAGCCGCAAUCCCAACUUCGACUACGAUGAAACCAAGCUCCUCAUUUCGCUGUGGGGCGACCCGCAGGUACAGAAAACCCUCAUCACGACCCACAAGAAGCACCCGGUUAUUGCUGAUCUCGCCAAAAGAAUGCGCGAACAUGGAUACAACCGAUCAACGGAGGAAAUCAACACGCGCAUCAAAAACCUCAAAUGUUUCUACAACCGGAUCAAGAAGGACAUGGCCGCCGGAAUCAUCAACCAAACCACCUGGAAGCACUACUCCGAGAUGGACGAAAUCAUAAGUCGGCCGGUUUUCGGCAAUGCCCACCGGCUGCACAUGAUGCAGCAGCAGAAGCAGCAAGAAGAGCAGGAAGAACUGAAGAAGCAAAUCCUGGAACAGCAGGAGCAAAUGCAGCGGUUUCCGGUCAAGCUGGAGGUGAUGAGCGAUGACGACGACUCGACCGAGAUUCGGGCGGAGGAUUUGCUGACCAUCGACACGAAUCCACCGCCGGAUGAGGAGGGAGGCGCGGAUACGCUGCAAAGGGACGAACUAAACAUCAAGACAGAUGAUCACCACGAUAAAGCGAGUGGCGGUGGUGGCGAAGGGGAUGGCGAUGACGAGGAGGAUGACGAUGAUGACGACGAUGAUAGUGAUUUCGAUGUGGAAAAUGAAUUCAACGAUGGUCUUGACGAAAUACUUUCGAAGGCACGAGUCACAUCGAAACCGUCGUCUGACACAACCACAAAAGACCGAUCCAGCCCACAGGUGAACAAUGUUCCCAGAAUACCCACUCCAGCUGCACCAACCUUGCAAGCCAGUGUCCCCGCACCCUCUCAAGGCAAGAUAUCCGUCGUUCCAACGAACCUUCUGCUGAAGCCUCCUACGUCUAGCAUGAGCAUGAGCGGUCCGAUCCAGAUCUACACUCAACCUACCAUGAGCUUGGGAGCUCCCACCGCCAUGGUUUCCACGUCUCAGACAACCAUCACAUCCGCCGCACAGCACGCCCCCGGGAUGGCCCCGAUGAAACUGCUCCUGGUGAAUACCGUCUCGAAGGAUGGAACCACCAAGCAAAUUCUUACCCCCGCAUCGGAAAUUCCCCAGAUGCCGCAGAUGCGACCGGCCCCGAUGCUUCAACCGAAGCCAUCCAUAAUCCCGAUCGCGCCGAAACCACCGACCGUAAGCAUUCCCGCAAUCAACGUCCCGCAGAAGUCCAUCAGCGUGAUGCCUCCUAUGACGGCAGCACCAAAAGUGGCGAAGCCAAAGCCAAUGAACGCGGUAACCGGAGAUAAAUCCCCCGGAUUCAAGAAGAUGUUCAGUCAGCUGGUAGCGGUCCAGCGGGAAAAUCUCGCCGUUUCCAGGGCGCGACUAGCCCUCGAAAAAGAGCGGCUCGAAUUCGAAAAACAGAUCGGAGGUCCACUGGUCGAUGUGGUGCGUAGCCUGAGCGGUUUCUUCAACGGUUUCCUACAGCAACAUGCCAUGCAGCAACAGAAGCAGGCGCUCAACGGAAACAGUGGCCAGGAAAACGAACAACCCGCUGCUAAGAAACGGCGAACUGAGGAAAGUGCCGAACGGUCACAACAGUCGGCUGUUACCACCACGGAACCGGUUAAAACGGAAGUGAUAAGUGAUGACGACAACUGAAAUGGAUUUCUUUGAAGUUAUUCUACUAUUCAUCGUACCUAACUUUUUUGUUUGUUUUUCUUUUUCACGAGUUUAUAAUUUAUUUAAUUUAUUGCUGUAAAUUAGCAACAGGCUUGAAUUUAACAAUAGUUUGCUGAAUUACAUUAGAUAUAACAUUUGACACAUCUGAAUGAAAUAUAAAAGAAUAAAAAAAGCCCGCUAUAUUUCUAGUAACAGUUUUCGUA